AUGUCCGAUCAUAACAUUCAUCCAGAUAAAUACAGCGAACUUCGAAGCAUCUAUAAAUACUAUAUUGAUUCAUUUAAUGCGUUAUUUCAGCUGAAAACGGAAAAAGAAGAAGAAUUAAAAGAAAUUUACAAAAUGAUCAAAGCAGAAUUGAUUGACUCAAAGAAAUACUCACCAAACAAAAUUAUGCGAGACAUUUUAAACAUCAUCCCAUAUAAAAAUCGCUAUACAAAGUCAUAUUUAUCUCUUGCCAAACUUAUAUCUGAUGAUUAUCAUGUGGAAGAGGUCGACGGAGUAACACCUAUCUCAAACUUCCUGUUUUACAAAGAAUAUGGAAUUAAAUUAGACAAAAAUGAUGACUUCCAAAAAGAUAAUUUUAAAAACAUCGAAAUUCAUACAGAAAAUACAAUUUACAGAGCAAUUAUGUAUAAUGACUUAGAAGCGUUCAUUGCAUUCACGGAAAGAGAUGAAUUUGAUGAAAAUCAAGAACUUAACAGCAAAUUAUAUCCCUUUAUUUAUAGAAGUUUUUCAUCACGUAGGCGCAAUUUACAUUCUGAUAAUCGAUAUUCAUUACUUGAAUUAUGUUGUUACCAUGGAGCUGUUGAUUGUUUCACGUUAUUAAGAACAAAAUUUGACUCAAAAAUAACUCAAAAGUGUCUUCAAUUUUCAUUUUUAGGUGGAAAUCAAGAGAUCAUGAGUGAAUGUUUGAAAUAUCAAAAACCAGAUGAUGAUUGCAUGGAAUAUGCAAUUAUUUCACAAAACAUUGAUUUUGUUACAUUCUUGAUGAAUGAAUACAAUAUAGAGAUCAACUUAAAUUAUUGCAUGGAUUACAAUAAUCUUGAAUCAUUUUUUGUUUAUUUUGAUCAAACUAAUGAUGUUAAUGAAUGCUUUAAUAUUUCGACGAAGUUUAAUAUUCCAUCUCUUUGUGAAUAUUUCCUAUCAAAUGGAGUAAAUAUCAAUGAUAAAGAUAUAUUUGGAGAAACUGCACUUCAUAUUGCAGCAUUAUAUAAUAGCAAAGAAACAGCCGAACUUCUUAUUUCACGUGGUAUAAAUAUCAAUGCAAAAGAUAUUGACGGAAAAACCGCUCUUCAUAUUGCAGCAUUAUAUAAUAGUAAAGAAACAGCCGAACUUCUUAUUUCACGUGGUAUAAAUAUCAAUGCAAAAGAUAUUGACGGAAAAACCGCUCUUCAUAUUGCAGCAUUAUAUAAUAGUAAAGAAACAGCCGAACUUCUUAUUUCACGUGGUAUAAAUAUCAAUGCAAAAGAUAUUGACGGAAAAACCGCUCUUCAUAUUGCAGCAUUAUAUAAUAGUAAAGAAACAGCCGAACUUCUUAUUUCACGUGGUAUAAAUAUCAAUGCAAAAGAUAUUGACGGAAAAACCGCUCUUCAUAUUGCAGCAUUAUAUAAUAGUAAAGAAACAGCCGAACUUCUUAUUUCACGUGGUAUAAAUAUCAAUGAAAAAGAUAAUGACGGAAAAACCGCUCUUCAUAUUGCAGCAAAUUGUAAUAGUAAAGAACCAGCAGAAUUUCUUAUUUCACGUGGUAUAAACAUCAAUCAAAAAGAUAUUGUCGGAAAAACCGCUCUUCAUUAUUCAGCAUAUAAACGUAACAAAGAAUUAACCGAACUUCUUAUUUCACGUGGUAUAAACAUCAAUCAAAAAGAUAUUGUCGGAAAAACCGCUCUUCAUUAUUCAGCAUAUAAACGUAACAAAGAAUUAACCGAACUUCUUAUUUCACGUGGUAUAAACAUCAAUGAAAAAGAUAAUGAUGGAGAAACCGCUCUUCAUAUUGCGGCAGAAAAUAAUAGUAAAGAAACAGCCGAACUUCUUAUUUCACUUGGUAUAAAUAUCAAUGAAAGAGACAAAUACGGAAAAACCGCUCUUCAUAUUGCAGCAUUAUAUAAUCGUAAAGAAACAGCUGGACUUCUUAUUUCACGUGGUAUAAAUAUCAAUGAAAAAGAUAUUGAUGGAAAAACCGCACUUCAAAUUGCAACAGAAAAAAACAUGAAAGAAACAGCCGAACUUCUUAUGAACCAAUGA